AUGAAUAUUCUCGUGUUACUCUUCUUUGUUUUCUUUCUGCCCCUCGUCGCACUUUUAGUCUGGUUUGCUCUUUCAAGCUGCCUCGGAGACAAUGUUCGAGCUCGAGUAAGCGGAACUACCAUCAAUCCUCGGCACGGGGCCUAUGGCAGGACAUACGCCCGUAACAUCCCCUAUCCUGGAGCCGCGGGAUCAGAGGCCAUUGAGAUGGAAGACAUGAUGCAGCACGACAAGUGGGAACUUGACUCGAACGAUGAGCCUUGA